CAACUGUUACUCUUCGUUGAGGUACUAGCCAAGAAACAGGCUCAGGUGUCUUUCGACAUCUUCUUGUACAGGGUGAUGGGUCAUUCUUCAAGCCAGCAAAAGGAAAAACCUGUGACUGGCCGACGGGCAACCAAGGAGAAGAAAAAGCGGCAUCUCAGUGCUGCUUGCAACUUUGCUGAUGUCUCCACAAGUUCUCAAAAGUUUAACAUCAACCUGGCUAGUGUGGAAGAUCUGAUGACCCUCCCUGGCAUUAACCGCACAUUAGCUUGUGCCAUUGUGGCUUACCGCAACAAGAUUGGAGGCUUCAGGAAGGUAGAAGACAUUGCACUGGUCACUGGAGUUGGAGCAGCCAAACUUCAUCACAUCAAAUCUGAACUCUUUGUGGAUAAUAUAAGAGGCUCAGUGCCAAUCCUUUCAGACUUAAGCUAUCUUGAUCAAGUACAGUUUACCAAGGUCAAUGUGAACUCAGCCUCACUGUUUGAACUAAUGAGCAUUGAUGGCAUUUCAGAAGAGAUCGCUCAGGGAAUUAUUCAGUUUCGGACUGCCAACAAACCCUUUAAACUUCUUGAAGACUUGUUAUAUGUUAAUGGUAUAGAUGACACAUUACUGAGUCAAGUAAAAUCAAACCUGUGUGUUGCUCCAGUGAGGCCUGUUUCAGCUUAUGUAGACCUGCAUAGUGCUGGUUUCCAGAAGAAAUUUCCCACUUUUUCAUUUCAUAGUUUACAGAAUGUCAACUUAGGAAUCCUGCCUAUGGGUCCUGGGCAACUGCCAUCUGUCAGACCUUCUGUAGAUGCAUUCAGUGGUUCAUACAAUGAAAGAAAGGUACUACGAAUUGGAAGCUGGAAUCUUAGUUGUCUAAGCACGGAUAAAGCAAAUAAUCCAGGUGUGAGAGAAGUGGUAUGCCUCACCCUACUAGAGAACGGAAUCAAACUGUUGGCUGUCCAGGAAGUGCUUAAUGAAAAUGCACUGAACAAGAUAUGUCUUGAAAUGGAAAGUCCCAUGAUUUGUUCAAUAGAAGACUGGGCUGGUGAUAGAGGAAGAUGGAAAUAUGUCAUUCUGGAUGAACUGAAUGAAGAAGCAAAUGAGGAGACAGAGCGUGUAGCGUUCCUUUGGGAUAGCAGAUCUGGCCUGGAACUCAUCAGUGUUGUUGCCCUGGAGAUGAAAGAAGGAGUAAAUGGCAAGUCACUGGGGAGUCAGCCCUUGCUGGGACACUUUAAGAUUGGAAAUCUGGACUUGCAGUUAAUGAACAUUCAACUGAAUUCAGCAGUAAAAAAUGGGAACAAACAUGCCAAUCUGAGGCAACUGGAGGCUUUACAUCCAUUCAUGGAAGAUGAUAAACAGAUGUUGGUUAUGGGGCAUUUUGGGAUAGACCCCGAACAAGAAGAUCUCUGGAUCUUGAAACAGCAUGGAUUUCAGCCCAGUAUUCCUAGUGGGACUUCCACAGAUGUUAGUAAUGCAACUCAAGUACAAGGUAGAUGCCAACAGAACAUAUGGUUCAACAAACAAGCACAACUAUCCUAUACAGGUAGAUGGGGUGUCAUCCAGCAAGGACUAAAUAGCCCUUGGAUCCCAAAUGGCUGGUCAUGGGGUGGAGCGGCAUCUCACCACUGUCCUAUAUGGGCAGAAUUUUUCCUGGAUGAUACUAAGAGCUGACAUUUUCCCACUGACUGCUAAACACCUCUCCUGAAACUGUGUAUCAAUGUAUAUUUAUGCAUAAGGAAAUAAAGAGAUGUGCCAAAUCCCAAGAAAUGAAGGAAGAUGGCACUUUUUUCUUUCAAGGACCCAGUUUUCCUUUCUCCUGUUGCUUGCAUAACACAGAAAGCAAUUCAGAACUGAUUCAACAUUGCAAACAUCCUAAAAUGAACCACCUGUGCAGUUAUUAUUACUGUAUUUUUAAAGAUGAAAAGUAAAUGCACAAUGUUUAAAGUUCAUGUAAAUCUAGUGAAAUCAGACAAUGAUUCCAGACUGAAUACAGAACCUCAGAUAUUGAUUUAAAGCAGUGAAUAUAAUCAUUGAAAGGAGGGCUGUUAUUCCAAAGCAUAUGAGUAGAGCGUUCACACUGCAAAGCUAAGGGCCCUGGAAAAUGAACUGAGAAAAUUAUAUUGUAAUUAGAAGAAUUGUAUCUAAAUGUUUAAAAAUUCUAUAAUAUUUAUAGUUUUCAUGUAUGUAAAAUAUAAAUAUGAUUUCAAAUUGUCAUUUUUAUCAGUGUUGAUAAUGUUCCAUUUUUAAUGCCUUCUUGCAUCGCUUUCUAAACUAACAGAAUACCUCAACUCUGGAUGUAUUUGUGAUGGUAAAAUUAUUAAAAAUCGAACAGUUCUGCCAGAUAAUUUUCUUCAUUAAAUGAAGAAGUUAAAAGAGUUUUUUUCUGCAAUGAACCCAGAUGAGGUGUCCUAACCAAUGGCUGUAACAGAAGGAAUAAUAUACAUGUGUGGUAAAGAUGGAAAACAGAUUGUGAGCUCAUAAUUGGUGCUGAUAUUCAAUUUCAAAAAUGAAAAUGUGUGCUUAUGUACUGAUUAAUUUUUGUCAUUUACUUUUGUAUGUUAGAUUACAAGACAAGACAAAUAUGGGAAAAGACUUAGGAAUAGUACAGGCAGGAUAUAACAUAUGACAGAAUAUAAUGCAAAAGUAUGACAGGAAAAUAUUACUGCAGCAGAACAUGCAAAAAAUAAAGCAUUUUUUUUUAUAUUUUAAUAAUCUAUUGUAUUUUAUAAUCACAUAAAUCUCCUGCCAAUCAUUAGCGGAUCGGAGUUCCGCUGUGGCGAUCCCUAACCGGGAAAAGCUUAAAGACACAAGAUAAGGUAGAUAAACAGUAGUGUGUGUCAAAUACAGGGUGAGCCAUAAAACACAUAUUAGAAUGACAAUGUCUUGUAAACAAAGCAUAAACAGGCACUACAUAUCCUCUCACAAUGUUUGCGCUGAACCAGUUCAGACAGGAACUGUGGUACCUAACCACAUACUUAGAGCAGUAGUAGGGAAGUAAUUAGAAUGAAUGUAUUUCAUGCUGCCUUCAGUUUUGUGGACUGGAAGGAACUGUUUCCACGUAUAAAGUAAGCAACAAGCUGUGGCUAGUGAAGUUAUAUCGAGUUCAAAGUUUUGGUAUACAAAUUCUGUCUAGAACAGGACCUUCAUGGGGUUUGUGACCAGCAAAAAAGGAUUUUAACCUUUAACUACCUAUAACACGAUAUAACUGACUUUUAAAGGACAAUAAUGAUGGUGCUGCCUGCCCAGCUGGCCUGCAUAACAUUUCAUAUUCUGGCAAGCCAUGCAUGGAGUCUGCCUUGGAGACAAUGC